UUUGUUUAUCCCUCUCUCUCUAAAACACACUCACAGACAUAAAUGAGUGCAAAAGAAAAUCAAAGAGAACCUCUUCUUUAAUUAGAACGCCAAAGAAAAAAAAGAAAAUGGUUCAAAGUCAAAACCAAUCUCUAUUCCUAUCUCUUCUUCUUCUUUGAAAGGUUUGUCUUUCUUUUGUUCAUUCUUCUUCUUCACACACAGAAAAAGCUUGAAUCUUUUCUUGUUCGCAUCAUACCAUUUUCAUUUUUCCGGGUUUGCUUGUUCAUUUGGUUCUUUUGAGCAAAUUUCAAGUGUUUAUUACAAAAAAUUAUGGGUUUUACAAGAAAUUAGAUUCUUUGUAUUGUACUAAGCAUACCCUUUGUGGUUGUCUGUCUUUUAAUUUUGGUUCUUGAUUGGAAUUAUGGGUUUAUUUGGAGAAGUAUGGGUUUACUUCGUUUUUGUGACAGUAUUUUCUCAAGUUGGUGUUUUGUAUGGCAAGAAUAUAAGUUGUAAUCUAAAUGAUCGUAAAGCAUUAGAGGAUUUAUUCAUAGGUUCGGGAUCUGCAAUUGAAUUGUGGGGUUCAGCUGUUAAUAGUUCUAUAGAUUGUUGUAAAUUGAUUGGGGUUACAUGUGAUUCUUCUUCAUCAAGGGUGAUUAAGUUAGAGUUUUCAGAUAGAAGAUUAAGUGGAAAUAUCUUUGAGUCCUUGGCAGAUUUGGAUCAAUUGCAAGUACUAAAUCUUUCUCAAAAUUUCCUGAAUGGUUCCCUUCCAUCUAGAUUGUUUAAGUUGCAGAAGUUGGAGGUUCUUGAUUUGAGCGCUAAUGAGCUUACUGGAUCAUUACCAUUGGAGAUUGAUCUGCCGUCUCUCAGAAUUUUCGAUGUUUCGAUGAAUUCUUUCAGGGGUCAAUUUGAUACAGGUAUCUGCAAAAACUCAACUCGAAUUACUAUUCUAAACUUAGCUAUUAACUAUUUCAAUGGAGAAAUUCCACCUGGUAUUGGGAAUUGUUCUUCUUUACAGCAUCUAAUUCUCAAUUCCAAUCUUCUGUCCGGAGGUUUACCUGAUGAAUUAUUCUCUUUACGGAAUUUGAGUCAAUUGCUACUUGAGGACAACUCAUUUAAAGGGAAUCUAAGUGAUAGAAUAAGUAACCUGUCUAACCUUGUUCAAUUGGACGUUUCCUCAAAUAGUUUUUCAGGAAGUCUUCCAGAUGCCUUUUAUAACCUCGGAAAGCUCCAACAAUUCUCUGCUCAUUCUAAUUUUUUCACAAGGCGUCUACCCACCUCAUUAUCAAAUUGCCCAACACUUGAAAAGCUUAAUCUGAGGAAUAAUUCUCUAGAUGGUUCUAUAGAUCUUAAUUGUACAGCUAUGGUUAAGUUGAAUUCCCUUGAUCUUGGUACAAAUCAGUUCCAUGGACCCCUCCCUGCUAGUCUUGGUUCUUGCCGGCAACUGAGAGCCAUGAAUCUUGCGCGUAAUAUUUUCCAUAGUCAAGUCCCUGAGAGCUUCAAGAAUCUGCGGUCACUCUCCUACCUUUCAAUCUCAAACUCUAGUGUCCAUAAUAUUUCGGCAGCUCUUUCAAUUCUGCAACAGUGUAAGAAUCUAUCUACUUUGGUCCUAACCUUGAAUUUCCGUAAUGAAGAAAUGCCUGCAGAUGUAAAUCUAACUUUUGCGAGCUUGAAAGGUCUAGUAAUUGCAAAUUGUGGGCUAACUGGUUUGAUUCCGCGGUGGAUGUUCAAUUCCAGAAGCUUGCAGCUUUUAGAUUUGUCUUGGAAUAAAUUGAGUGGAAGCAUUCCAGAUUCGUUUGUGGGUAUGGAUUCACUCUUUUACUUAGAUUUGUCAAACAACACUCUGUCGGGACAAAUGCCAAGAAGCUUAACCACACUUCCGAGUCUCGUGUCUCGUAAUGUGUCAUGGCAAGAUACAUCCCCUGAUUUUCCGUUGUUCAUGAAGAGAAAUCAAAGUGUAAGGGGUUUACGGUAUAAUCAGAUUGAUAGUUUCCCUCCAUCUUUGGAUCUGAGUUACAAUGCUCUCAGUGGAAUUAUCUGGCCAGAAUUUGGGAAUCUUAAGAAGCUCCAUGUGUUUGAUUUGAGAAAGAAUUUGCUUGUAGGAUCCAUUCCAUCAGAACUGUCAGGUAUGACGAGCUUAGAGACAUUGGAUUUGUCUUAUAAUAAUCUUACUGGAACGAUACCUACAUCACUGUCCCAGCUCAGUUUUUUAUCGAGGUUCACUGUUGCUAAUAAUCAAUUGGUUGGGAGAAUUCCUACAGGUGGUCAGUUUUCAACUUUUCCGCCUUCAAGUUUUGAGGGAAACAAGAAUCUAUCUUGUCCUGAUCACUCUAACUCGUGUCCUCCAGACGCAGUUCAUUAUUCUGAAGGAGCUGAACACGUGACGAAACGUCACAGAAACAUAGGUAAUGUUAUAGGAAUGGCUGUUGGGAUUGCAUCAGGGGCACUUUUACUCCUCGCCGUCAUAUUUUUUAUUGUAUCAAAGACCAACAACCGUACACAAGAUGAUCCUGAACUCAGUAACAUUGGCUCCACAAAUAAAGACUUGGAUGUAACGGGAUCUAGAUCAGUGUAUCUCUUCCAAAACAAGGACAUGAUCACCAAAGAGCUGUCUAUUGAAGAUUUGCUGAAGUCCACAAACAACUUUGAUCAAGCUAACAUCAUCGGGUGUGGGGGUUUCGGUCUGGUUUACAAAGCUGUCCUACCAGAUGGGAGAAAAGUAGCAAUUAAACGACUUUCUGGUGACUGCGGGGAGAUGGAUAGAGAAUUCCAGGCUGAAGUUGAAGCCCUCUCAAGAGCUCAACAUGAUAACCUGGUGCUUCUUCAAGGGUUCUGCAAAUGCAAAACGGAUAAGCUUUUAAUCUAUUCUUACAUGGAAAAUGGAAGCUUGGAUUACUGGUUACAUGAGAAAAUAGAUGGUGCUCUGUCACUUGACUGGGUGACAAGACUUCGAAUAGCUCAAGGGGCGGCAAAGGGAUUGGCUUAUUUGCACCAAUCUUGCAAACCCCAUAUUUUGCAUCGUGACGUUAAAUCAAGUAAUAUCCUCCUCGACGAAAACUUUGAAGCUCAUUUGGCGGAUUUUGGGCUCGCAAGGCUUAUUGACCCAUUUCAGACUCAUGUUAGUACUGACUUAGUUGGAACUUUGGGAUAUAUCCCUCCUGAGUAUGGUUUGGCUUCAGUUGCCACUUUUAAAGGAGAUGUUUAUAGUUUUGGUGUUGUUCUUUUGGAACUUCUCACGGGAAAGAGGCCGAUGGAUAUGUGCAAACCAAAAGGCUGUCGUGAUUUGAUAUCUUGGGUGCGUCAGAUGAAAAUAGAGAAGAGGGAAACUGAGGUUUUUGAUCCGUUUAUAUACGACAAGGAGCAUAAUGAGGAAAUGUUAUUGGUUCUUGAGAUUGCUUGCCUUUGUUUGAAUGAAUGUCCUAAAGUGAGGCCGUCAACCCAGCAGGUAGAUAAAUGGCUCGACAACAUCAAUAUCGAUUGGGAGGAUGAGACGGUAUGACCACUGUAUAAAUGAAGUUCUGUGUAGAAAAAUCAGUUUUUCACCCUGGACGACGGUAUAUCUUUUAUGUGGUCAACUGUAAAUACCUAUAAAAGUUUUUAGAUUCCAAGUUUUGUUUUCCAGCAUAGGAGAGAGCCGUUUAGCCGAAGCCUUGGGCGGACAUGCUAAGCUUUGCAGUUGUGACAAGUUCCUCAGUUCAUUAAUUGUAGAGAAGUAUAUCAUAUAUAUGUAUCUUACAUAAACUUGUAAUAUAAUAUUCUGAAAAUUUCUCUAGUUUUGCCAAUAAGAGGAAAUAUUCUUAUUACUCCCCUUCA